AUGCUGCUCAGCGGCCCCCAAAACCCGCCAGCCCCCGGCGCUGCUGAGCCCACAGCCCGUGAGCCCAGCCCUGGAAACACCGCGGAAAACCCCGACGGGGCGACGGUGGCAUCGGGGUGCCGCGCAGGCAGCGCAGGAAAAGGACCACGGGCCUUGAUUUUCCUGCCCUUUUCCUCGCCAUCUUGGGAAGGUCAGGCGAGCCCCGGCCGAGCCGCUCCCGAGACGGCGACGGUCGCAGCUCCUGGGCAGAGAGAGGCGUCGUUGCCAUUGCCUGCCGGCGCCCGCCCAAUACCCGCCCGGCAGCGGCGCCACCGACCCACAGCCCGUGUGCUCGGCGCUGGAUACGUCGCGGAAAAUCCCGCCGGCGCUGCCUCGGCGUCGGGGUGGCUUGCAGGCAGUCCAGUAGACGGACCGUGCUCCUCGUUUGUCCCGCCCUUUUCGCCGCCGUCUUGGGAAGGUCAAGCGCGUCCCGGCCGAGCCGCUGCUGAGGUCGCGAUGGCGUGUGGGGCUCGGCGAGAGACGCGUCGUGGCCGCUGCCGGGCGGCUGACUGCCCGGGGGGCAAAGUGCAGCACAUCCCGUACCAUCCACCAGCUGCAAACAAAACAAAACGAUACAAUAAACUCCUAAAAGCCGCGUCAAAAGCAGGACAUCAAAGACCUUUCCAAAAUCGCUCCCCGCGCUCCCGGCGCCGGACGGAGCGCGGCUCCCGGCAGGAAAGCGGCUCCUCCGGCGGCUCCUCGGGCGCGCAGGGGCGGCGCCGCUCCGGGAGACCCCCGGCCGCUGCGCCCUGCCCGGCGGGGCCGGCACCGGGCCCAGGGAGCCCCGGCGGCGCCCGAGCCCCGCGCCCGGAGCGGACAGAGCGGCCGGCACCGGCCGGGACCAGCGCAGCGCCCGCGCCGCCUCUCCCGCCCGCCGGCCCGGCAAAGCUCCCCUCGGCUCCGCACGGCUCGCACCGGCGCGGCCCGGGCAGUGCCGCGGCAGCCCGGCCGCCCCAAAGUCCCCGUCCGCCUCAGCAGCUCCCCGGGCGGUGCCAGCCGGGCUCCCGCGCGGGAACGUUUGGGGCUGGGACACCGGCAGAAGAAGCGCCCUGGAAUGCAGCGGCACAGCCCGACUUCAACCCUGCAAACGCUGCGAGAGCUGGAGGCUCCUACAGUUGA